AUGUUCAAAUGCAUUGAUCGGUCAUCUUCAUCAAAGAGUACUUAUGGAGAGUCAAUGUAUUAUGGUAAAUCAAGGUACUUGUUGUUACUGAUUGCUCUAGUUCAACAUGUUCUCAUGAGUGGUAUCAUAUUUGGUUGGCCUCCAUUAGAAGAUCAGUUGAAAAGACAAGGUACUUGUAGUCAACAAACAUUAAGAUUAAAUUUAGUUUAUACUUUGGGUGCAUUUACUGUAUUUGGAUCUUCAUUGUGGAGUGGAGAUUCGUUUGAUCGACAUGGACCAGUUUGGACAUCACUAGCAGCAAUGGUAUUUAUGAUUGCUGGUUGUUUGUGUUGGUAUGCCAGUCAUAUGGUUGAUGACAAUCUCUAUAUUGUAGCAUUUGCAUUGUUGGGUGUAGGUGCCCCGUCGAGUCAGAUAUCGCUCAUUCACAUUUCCAAUCUCUUUCCAGUACAUGCUUCGACCGUCAUAUCAUCGUUUUCAGGCUUGUUUGUGGCAUCAUCCUUUGUAUUCAAGGUAUUUAGCGUUAUUGCCAACCGGUACAACAUCCCACUAGCCAACAUCUUUCUCUGUUACAUUAUUGUUAUUUUGAUAGCUUUUAUUCCAGGACUCUAUAUGAUGCAUCAUAAACCAUACCUACCAUACAAUGAAUUUAAAUCAAAUUACCAAUCCAAUCAAAAACACUUAAAACAAUUAAAAGAGUUGACAAAAGAAAAAGAAUCAUUAAUUUCAACAAAUGAAACAACUGAAAUUGAAGCAGAAAUUGAAAAGAAUAUAAAACAAGAAGAAGAAGAAUUAAUCGAUAUAUUAUUUGACCAAAAAGAUCACAUGGUUGAAAUUGAAUUGGAAUUCAUUUCAUCAACGGAAACAACUCCAAAAUCUGCUGCAGCAGAUUCACCAGUCAGUUGUAGACAGUCUCCUACCUUGAUGGUAAUGGAGAAAAGAGUAGAUGUGUAUAGUUGCGAGUCUAAAGAUUUUAAAAAGAAACCUUUAAUCAAACAAUUACAAUCUUGGCAAUUCAUAGGAUUAUGUUUAUUUCUCAGUAUCAAUUCUUUACAUUCAAUAUUUUUUAUUGGAAUCAUUAAUAAUUUAUUUCAAAAUGAUCCAUUUUACAUUCAUGCAUUUAAUUAUAUAUGGGAUUGUGGAUUUAUAUUUGUACCUAUAGUAGCAUUUAUAAUGUUGAAAUCUAGUAUCACAGCCAAUGCAUUUUAUAUUAAUCUAUGUGGUAUUUUGUUUGGUGUGUUGUCAAGUAUAUCAUAUCCACCGGAAUUACAAUUCCUUGGUUUUAUCAUUACAUCAUUUCAAAAUGUUUACAUGUGGGGAUAUUUUUAUUUCUAUUUAACUCAAACUUUUGGAUUUAAUAAUUAUGGUAAAUUAGUAGCUAUAUUUUCAUUGGUUGCUGCAUUUAUUGGUUUAUUAGAGGUUGUUUAUUUAACAUUGAAUGGAAUGAGUUAUUUUUGGAUCAAUUUUAUCUUGACAGAAGUUAAACUACUUUUAUUUAUAUUCCCAUAUAAACUAUGGAAAUAUGAUCGUACAAAAAACAUUCAAUAUAAAUUGGUUCAAGAAGAAGAAGAAGGUUUAAUAUAA